GGGUUCGGUUGUAGCUGCAAAUGGGCUUGGUCGGCGGCUGGUGCUGCUGCUGGGCUGGAGGGAGCGGCGCGCCCGAGUGAUGGCCGGCCCCGGGCUGAGCAUGCUGCCCUAGCGCGGGGGCCAUGUCGGAGGCGGCUCGGAGCCUCCUGCAGCGCUGGGGCGCCAGCUUCAGGAAGGGAACGGACUUCGACUCGUGGGGGCAGCUGGUGGAGGCGAUAGACGAGUAUCAGAUAUUAGCAAGACAUCUACAGAAAGAGGCCCAGUCUCAACACAACAACUCAGAGUUCACAGAAGAUCAAAAGAAAACCAUAGCUAAAAUUGCAACAUGCCUAGAAUUGCGGAGUGCAGCUUUGCAGUCCACGCAGUCGCAGGAGGAAUUUAAGCUGGAGGAUCUGAAGAAGCUAGAACCAAUCUUAAAGAAUAUCCUCACCUAUAAUAAAGAAUUCCCCUUUGAUGUUCAGCCUGUCCCACUCAGGAAGAUUUUAGCACCUGGAGAAGAGGAGAACUUAGAAUUUGAGGAAGAUGAUGAGGAAGGUGGAGCUGGAGCAGGGUCUCCAGAUUCCUUUCCUGCUAGAGUUCCAGGUACUUUAUUACCCAGGUUGCCGUCAGAACCCGGGAUGACGUUACUCACUAUCAAAAUAGAGAAAAUUGGUCUGAAAGAUGCUGGGCAGUGCAUUGAUCCUUAUAUCACAGUUAGUGUAAAGGAUGUGAAUGGGGUAGACCUGACCCCUGUGCAGGAUACUCCGGUGGCUUCAAGGAAAGAGGAUACCUAUGUUCAUUUUAAUGUGGACAUUGAGAUCCAGAAACAUGUUGAAAAACUAACAAAAGGUGCAGCUAUUUUCUUUGAAUUCAAACACUAUAAGCCCAAGAAGAGAUUUACCAGCACCAAGUGCUUUGCUUUCAUGGAGAUGGAUGAAAUUAAACCUGGGACAAUUGUUAUAGAACUAUACAAAAAACCCACUGACUUUAAAAGGAAGAAACUGCAAUUGUUGACCAAGAAACCACUUUAUCUUCACCUCCAUCAAACGUUGCACAAGGAAUGACCCUUUUGUGAGACUUGUGAACUAAACCACUUGUCACAAAUCAUGGUAGCUGCGUGUGUAGCACCCCCAUCCUUCAACAGGCAGGAAAAUGGCUGUACUCAUGCCAGUAGGUCAGAUGAGACCAUCACACACUGCACAGCAAUACCACAGGGUCAGAGGUUAAGCCUACCAUUCAGGUGCAAGUUUCUUCCAGUACCUUUUGGAUACCAGUUUUAUCAGAAGCGUGCUGAAGUAUUUUGUGACAAUUUCUCUUCAUAAUUGAGCUGUUUGUAAAAUUUCAAUUUUGUAAUUUACCUCUUGUUUUUACCCUUGCUUCAGAAACCUUGCUAGAGGGUGGGAAGUGCCCCAUUCACCAAGCCUGAAACAGCAAAAUGUCGUGGCAGGUUUGCCAGCUUGUCUACUCUUGCUAUGCUUGCUAUUGCAGUCCCUCACGUUUUAGAAUCCUUUGCUCUGUCUUGUUGGAAGGGUGGGGGAAGGUGAUAGAAAAGGGAUUUUACAGAAAGAAAGAGUCUGCGAGUGGUUAAAGAAGCAGUAGGAGGAUGGUGGUUAGAGAAAGAGUCAAUCCAAAGCUGAAAUGCUGCUCUAGAACAUCUUGUCAGCCUGCUCUUUUGUCUUACCUGGCUAAGUGGCAGAGGAAAGAAGGGAAGAGUAUUGAGGAUAAAAGGGAAGGUGCUGGUGAGACAGCCAAAUUGUCAACUGUUUAUCUCAAUACCAUUCAAAUAGUUUCCAGACUUGCAGCAUCCAGUGUAUCAUGUGAUUUCAGGUAGAACUUGUCUAUUAUUACAAGUGUUGGAAUCCCUUAAAAAUCAUGAAUACUUACUUAAGGGAACAACCUUCUUACAUUCUUUUUUCUAUACUUUGUAUUUCCUACCCACUUUCCCAGACAGUGGUGUACAAAAGGGCAUGUGUGGGAGAGCUUUGGGGGCCCAUCCUACUGCCUUUGCUGUCAGUGGGAGUUUUACCAUUGAUUUCACAGGUGGUGGGAUUGGGCCCUUACUGUUCAGUGUUUCUGGUGGGGGCUUUAUGCUAACAGUUUGGAAGUGCUGUGGCUAUCUCAGGCUGUCAACUGAAGACAGGCUCGCCUUCCCAUGAGAAACUGUUUUCAUAAAACCUGAUUGUGGAUCUUUGUAUACCUUUAUUUGUAUGCAAGUCUGGAAACUUAGUCUAAAAUAACCUGGUUUUUAUGUAGGUAGAUAGGAUUAUCAUUUAUUUUCUAUAUUAUUGAGAUGCAUAGUGUGUAAUAAGCUGCAGGGCAUUGGCUUAUUAUAACAUGAAUAUUUGCAUCCACCUUUUGACUUAAUAAAGGGACCGAAGUAGAACCCAUUCAAACUUUUCAUAUAUUCAAUGAGUGGAAUAUUUAAUACAGUUCUUCAAGGUCUGAUGUGCUUCAUGUGUAUCUUAAAUAGUGUCUACAUGCACACUGCUAUGCUAACAAGGACCAACUCCAGGAGAAUGCAGUGUCAAGUGUUAGCUCUUCUAAUAGCUUGGAUGUAAAUGUACCAUUAAUGCCUUUCUUUCUGCACCAUGUAAUACUAACUCACACCAGAACACAGUUUAAAAAAGUAUGGGAAAAUUAUUUUUUCACUUCACGGCAGUCUGCUUACGGAGUGUGUCGGGAUAUUCCUUUCUGCCUCUAGUACAGUGAUUUGAAAGGAACUGUAAUGGGGAUAAAACAAGGCCUUUUGGAAGUUGGAAGCUGAAUUUAAUCUUGUCUUCUCCCCCUUCUUUCCUUUCCUCUCUGGCUUAAUUGUGGAUGAGUUCACCUCAGUGAGCAAUUUGGCUAAUGGCUGAAGAACUGUGUAUUUUCCUGUUAGAGUUCUUUAAGGGACCCAGUCACAUUAUAACCUUUUACAACAAUGUCAUGCCUGAAACAAACACUAAAUAUCUUGAUUAGUUGUUACAUUUAUUUUAAAUAUAAUCUGCUAUAGUGUUCCUCCAUUGUGUCUGCUGGUGUUGUACAAAGGAAGGAAACAAAUUUAUUAAAUAAACUGACUAUAUUAUAGGUGCAAAACCACAGUCUUUCACCCCUGCAAAAGGUGUAGUGUAUGACUUUGAUCAUCUAAAGCACUUGCUUAAUUGCAAUUAUUUGCAUGCUUAGUGUCAGUGGGUCUCUCUGCAUGCACCAGUGCUUUGCUGAAUAAGGUUCCAGGCCUCAUGUAGCCUUUUUAAAGUCCAUUGUAAGAGGCUUCCAUCUUUUCUGAUGUGUACAUUUGUCCUACUAAACAAACAAAUAUUUUGUGGUUAUGUACUUGUCUACACACCAAGUAUUCAAAUACAUCUCCAUAUAAACUGUCCUGUUAAGUGAUCAUCAGUCAGUAAUGGGGGAAAAGUUAAAACAUACUCUCACCCUGUUACAGUGAUUGCUGGGGAUAAUCCUUUCAAAGUUAAGAACUAUUUAAGAUGUUAAUUGAGGGAAGUAAAAUGAAGUGGAAUAAACUUGCUUGCGGGGGAGUAUAAUAGGUUAAAUUUUAACUUGAGGGAUCUGAUUUUCAAAGAUGGGUGUCCUUAAAAUGCAUAUGUAAUAGAUGUAUACAGUUAACCAGUUACAUGUCUACUGGUGAAUGGUUAAUGAGCCAAUGUGUACACUAGUGCCUACAAAUUAAACAUGUUUUCAUGUGAAACAGAGCCAAAUUGUCACCCUUGAUGUCCUUCCUCAGCUCUUGAAGUCCCUAUUAACUGCAAUUGUAUAGAAUGUAAGGUGCAGUACAGUUUGAAACCUUGUUUGUUUCAAUAUACAAGUAGAGCUUUGUAUUUAACUAAUUGUAGAUUAAUGUUUGUAGAAAGUCCAUUCUCUCUACAUUUUUUUCAUCCUUCAUGAUGUAGCGAUCCCUGAAAAACUUUCCCAAAAGUGAAACAUAGGGUGGUGCUGCUUGUAUAGCUAUGCACAGUGGUGAUCUACAAUUCUGCUGUAUCAGCCGGAGCUUGAGUUUAGCUAAAAGGUCAUUUCUUGUUAUGGUAUUUGAAUAACCUACCUACAGUUAGGAGGCAAAUAAAUGGCUGCUUGUAUGUGGAGGUAAAGAUGUAGUUUCUGAAAUUGGCCCUGCACUAGAUUUUUUGCUAUCCCUUUCCCCCAAAGAGAAACUAUUCAAAGCUUUGUAUGGCAGAGGAUUCAGCUUUGCUCCCUGGAAUGGAUCUAGCUUCCCAGUACAGUAGAAUCUAAGAAUUAUGAACACUUCAGGAAUGGAGGUUGGUUGUAACUCUGAACAUUGAUCUAAUACAACUUUGAAACUUUACAGAAGAAACAUACUGCUUUAUUUUUUAGUAGUUUAAGACAAUACGGUGCUUUUGGCUCUAGUGCUGCCUGAUUUGUUUACUUCUAGUUCCAAAUGAGGUGUGGGGUUGACUAGUCGGUUUGUAAUUGAGGUUCUAUUAGUCAUACCUCUUAAAAUAGAAGUAUGAGGAUUUCCCUUGUAGCUGUUUAGCCACCUCACCCAAAGCCCAGUAGAGGCUACUGAUGCUUGCAGACUAGCACCACUUCAGCCUACAGGAAACUUUUUUUCCCCUCCUAAACCAUUUGCCAGGGGGAUAUCCUGUACGCUUAAAAUAUAAAUCUACCUUCCCUGAAGUUUGAUUUUUCAUAGUUCCAUUUGUUUAAACAAUUUGCUAAUCUCCACAAUUACAUAGGAUAGAUGUAGGUGCUUUGUAAAGGACACUUUACUUACUAUUCAUAAUCUGAAUUUAGCCCACUAGUUGAAGUUCUAGCCUUUAUUAUAUUUUUGAAACUCGCAGGUAGAACUGUGAUGCAACACUGAAGAGCUCAAACUACACACAAAACUUUGAGAGAGUUAUGCUUUUGGGAGAUUUUUUUU